AUGUUGAAGAACGACCGCAUGGCGACGUUAGACCCCACGCUUCACCCUACUCUGGAGGAACUCUCGAUCGGUUCGGUUCGAUUCACCACCUUCGACUUGGGUGGUCACGAAAUGGCGCGUAGAUUGUGGAAGGACUACUUCCCCGAAGUGAACGGCAUCGUGUUUUUGGUCGACGCUGCCGACCCCGCCCGGUUCCCCGAAGCCAAGCGUGAGUUGGAAUCGUUGUUUGCUAUUGAAGAGUUGGCCAACGUGCCGUUCUUGAUCUUGGGUAACAAGAUCGACAAGCCCACCGCUGUAGGUGAAAUGGAGUUGAAGAGCGCCUUUGGCUUGUACAACACUACCGGUAAGGAUACUGGCAAGUUGGCUGACGGCCAGCGUCCCAUCGAGUUGUUCAUGUGCUCGAUCGCCAUGAGAUCGGGGUACGGGGAAGGGUUCAAGUGGUUGUCGCAACACAUCUAA